AUGGUGGAUUCACCAUCAAGAAAAAGAGCUUUGAUUACUUCAGAAGAUAAAAAAGAAAAAAAAAAUAUGGUUAGCAAAAAAAAUAGCAACGCCCUUGAAGAAUCUGAAAAUAUUGAGGAAGCUAUUGAUAGUGUAAUAAAUGACAAAAAAAAUAAUGAAGCUAUGAAAAAAGAGAAAAAAAAGAAAAAAGAAAAAAAAAAUAAAGAUAAUGAUGUAGAUAAAGAUAAUGAGGAAGAAGAUGAAGGAAAUGAAGAGGAUACAUUAAAAAAAUUUUCAGUUGAUACUAGUGAGAACGAUGACGAUAAGGAUGAUGACGAUGAUGAUGAUGAUGACGACGACGAUGACGAUGACGACGAUGAUGAUGAGGAUGAUGAUGAUGAGGAUGAUGAUGAUGAAGAUGAUGAUGACGAUGAAGAUGAUGAAGAAGAUGAGGACGAUGAUGAGGAUGAUGAUGAGGAUGAAGAUGAUGACGAGGAUGAAGAUGAUGAUGAGGAUGACGAUGAUGACGAUGAUGAUGAUGAAGAGGAAGAUGAGGAUGAAGAAGAUGAUGAUGAUGAAGAUUUUGAAGAUAUGGAUGAUGACGAAGAUGAUGAUGAAGAUGAUGACGACGAUGAUGAAGACGAUGAAGAUGAUGAUGACGAUGAGGAUUUGGAAGUAGGUUCUAAAAAAGAAGGUGAAUCACAUACAAAAAAAGGUAGUGACGGCGAAGGAUUUGACUAA